AGUGGCAAUUUGGUAAUUCAGACCCCUGGUAUGGAAGCGCGGGAAACAUACCUCUAAACCCUCAUUAGCCUCUCUCUCCUCCCUCCCCCAACCCGCUCCCUCGCUUUACUUUCUCUCUCUACAGAUCUAUCUCUACCUUCUAGUUCAUAAAUGCAUUUUUCCCACUGAAAUUAUCACAAUCCAGGGUAGAAAAACAUGAAUGGCGGCGAUAAUUGGAGAAGAGAUCGGAGGGACACUCGGAUUUCGAAGAAACAGAAGCUGAUUCUAAGCGCGGAGGAGCAACUCGAGUCCAAACUCGGCUUCAAUCUCUUCACCGAAGGGGAUAAACGACUCGGCUGGUUACUCACUUUAUCCGCGUCGUCGUGGGAGGAUCAGGAGACUCAUAAAGUGUACAGUUGCGUCGAUCUGUAUUUUGUAUGCCAGGAUGGCUCAAUGUUUAAGGCAAAGUAUAAGUUCCGGCCGUAUUUUUACGUUGCCACCAAGGAUAAAAUGCAAAUGGAUGUUGAGGCGUACUUGAGAAGGCGUUAUGAAGGCCAAGUUGCAGACAUUGAAAUUGUGGAGAAAGAAGAUCUUGAUCUGAAAAAUCACCUUUCUGGGUUGAACAAAUCUUAUCUAAAGAUAUCUUUUGAUACGGUUCAACAAUUGAUGCAAGUGAAGAAUGAACUCAUUCAUGUUGUUGAAAGAAACCAGGCGAAGCUGGAAGCGGAAGAUGCAUAUGAGUCCAUAUUGACGGGGAAAAGCAAACAGCGACUUCAAGAUUUCGUUGACUGUAUUAAUGAUCUUCGCGAAUUUGAUGUACCUUAUCAUGUUCGCUUUGCUAUUGACAAGGAUAUAAGAUGUGGGCAGUGGUACGAUGUAAGUGUAUCCAGUGCUGGGACUACAGUGGAAAAAAGAACAGAUCUGUUGCAACGCGCAGAAGUUCAUGUCUGUGCUUUUGAUAUUGAGACCACAAAGCUUCCAUUAAAAUUUCCAGAUGCUGAAUAUGAUUCAGUCAUGAUGAUUUCUUACAUGGUUGAUGGCCAAGGGUACCUCAUCAUUAAUCGAGAGUGUUUUAAUUGCCUUGUAAUUUUUGAACUGCAGGAGCUCGGGUUUCAGUGCGACAAAAAUCAAGGUGAAUAUCGCGCCAAAUUUGCUUGCCACCUGGACUGUUUUGCAUGGGUUAAACGUGAUAGUUAUCUCCCUCAAGGCAGCCACGGCUUAAAGGCUGUGACAAAAGCUAAAUUGGGUUUUGACCCAUUGGAAGUCAAUCCUGAAGAUAUGGUUCGUUUUGCAAUGGAAAAACCCCAGAUGAUGGCAUCUUAUUCUGUUUCUGACGCUGUUUCAACUUACUACCUGUAUAUGACUUAUGUGCACCCCUUCAUCUUCUCCCUUGCCACCAUAAUUCCAAUGCCACCGGAUGAGGUUUUACGAAAAGGAAGUGGAACUCUCUGUGAAAUGCUUCUUAUGGUCGAGGCAUACAAAGCAAAUGUUAUCUGCCCUAAUAAACACCAAUCUGAUCCAGAGAAGUUCUACAAAAGUAAACUUCUUGAGAGUGAGACGUAUAUUGGUGGCCAUGUGGAGUGUCUAGAAACUGGGGUUUUCAGAUCUGAUCUUCCUACAAGUUUUAAACUCGACCCGGUUGCUUUUGAGCAAUUACUUGAUAACCUUGACCGCGACCUACAAUAUGCUAUUAGAGUGGAGGGAAAGAUGGACCUAGAUUCAGUUUCAAACUAUGAUGAAGUAAAGGAUGCUAUCAAGGAAAAGCUGAUGAAAUUGCGAGAUGAGCCAAUACGUGAAGAUUUCCCUCUUAUAUAUCAUCUUGAUGUUGCUGCAAUGUAUCCAAACAUCAUUUUGACAAACAGGCUUCAGCCGCCCUCAAUAGUUACAGAUGAAAUAUGCACUGCAUGUGAUUUUAAUCGUCCCGGCAAAAAUUGCCUUCGGAAGCUUGAAUGGGUUUGGCGUGGAGAGACGUACAUGGCAAAGAGAAGUGAUUACUAUCAUAUAAAGAGGCAAAUUGAAUCUGAGCUUGUUAGUAGUAUGAAUGGGCAAUUAAGGAAUUCUUUCCUUGAUCUGCCUAAAGCAGACCAGCAAUUGAAACUCAAAGAUCGUUUGAAGAAAUACUGCCAGAAGGCAUACAAAAGAGUACUAGAUAAACCUAUUACCGAACUGCGAGAAGCUGGGAUCUGCAUGCGUGAAAACCCAUUUUAUGUUGACACUGUCCGCAGUUUUCGAGAUAGAAGGUACGAGUACAAAGGGCUCAAUAAAGUUUGGAAGGGAAAGUUGUUUGAAGCAAAGGCCAGCGGGAAUUCUAUAAAAAUCCAGGAAGCACAAGACAUGGUAGUUCUCUAUGAUUCGUUGCAGCUUGCCCAUAAAUGCAUUCUCAACUCUUUCUAUGGAUAUGUUAUGCGCAAGGGUGCAAGAUGGUACUCCAUGGAAAUGGCUGGAGUUGUUACAUAUACUGGAGCAAAAAUUAUUCAGAAUGCUCGCUUGCUGGUCGAAAGAAUUGGGAGGCCUCUUGAGUUGGACACUGAUGGUAUCUGGUGUGCGCUACCAGGGUCAUUCCCGGAAAACUUCACAUUUAAGACAAAAGACUCAAAGAAGUUGACAAUAUCAUAUCCUUGUGUCAUGCUCAACGUUGACGUGGCUAGAAACAAUACCAAUGAUCAGUACCAGACACUAGCAGAUCCUGUCAGUAAGACCUAUACAACACACAGUGAGUGCUCAAUUGAGUUUGAGGUGGAUGGACCGUAUAAGGCAAUGAUUCUGCCUGCUUCCAAGGAGGAAGGGAUUUUACUGAAGAAACGUUAUGCAGUUUUUAAUGAUGAUGGUACCCUUGCUGAACUGAAGGGUUUUGAGAUCAAGCGUAGAGGUGAACUUAAGCUCAUUAAAGUUUUCCAGGCUGAGCUAUUUGAUAAGUUUCUUCAUGGGUCAACAUUAGAAGAGUGCUAUUCAGCCGUUGCUUCUGUUGCAAACAGUUGGCUUGAUCUUCUUGAUAACCAGGGAGAAGACAUUGCAGAUAGUGAAUUGCUUGAUUAUAUAUCAGAAUCGAGUACAAUGAGCAAGUCUUUAGCAGAGUAUGGUGAACAAAAGUCAUGCGCGGUGACCACAGCUAAACGCCUAGCCGAUUUCCUUGGGGAUGCAAUGGUUAAAGACAAAGGAUUGCGCUGUCAGUAUAUAGUUGCAUGUGAACCAAAGGGAACCCCAGUAAGUGAACGCGCUGUUCCUGUUGCAAUUUUUGAGACUGAAGCUGAAAUUUUGAGGCACUAUAUAAAGAAGUGGUGCAAAGUCUCAUCAAAGGUUGACAUCCGGUCAAUUAUUGAUUGGGCAUACUACAAACAAAGGCUUAGUUCAUCUAUUCAAAAAAUUAUCACGAUUCCUGCAGCAAUGCAAAAGGUUGCAAAUCCUGUCCCUAGGGUGGUUCAUCCUGAUUGGCUCCACAAGAAGGUUCGUGAAAAAGAUGACAAAUUGCGUCAGCGAAAAUUGGUUGAUAUAUUCAAGAAGCGACAAAUAGAUGAUGAUAUUAGAGUGAGUGAUCCUCAUGCCAAUGAUCACAGCACAGAUGGACAUGAUGUUACAGACAUGGAAGACUUUAGGAAUAUGGGAACAACUCCUAUAGUUAGGACUAAACCUAUUGUUCGUCUCUAUGAGAUUAAUAAUGAACAGCAUCAAGUUGGAACAAGUAAUCUUGUUGGAAGUGCUGAGCAAAAUGAUGAGGAUGGAAGUGGACAUAAGAACUUAGCUUAUCCAUUACAAAAGGUUUUUGAAGAGAGUAUCGACAAAAGUGUAGAUUAUCAAGGAUGGCUGGAGGUAAGGAAGAGAAAAUGGAAAGAGGCUCGCGAGAAAAGGAAACGUCAAAGGUUAGACAACUCUGGGAUGUUAAACCAUGUUAAUGGUGCUGAGGGGAGUAGCGCCAUUCCAAAUUUUAAACAGGCUGAAGGCCGAGUUGGGGUCAAUUCUUAUUUUCAGAAGCAUGACUUGGCACUUACACGUUGUCACUGGCAGAUUAUUCAGCUUGUACCAAGUGCAGAACAUGGCCAAUUUUUUGCUUGGGUAGUUUUAGAAGGAACUAUGCGUAAGAUUCCCAUACUAAUCCCCAGGACAUUUUAUCUCAACUCUAAAGCCCCUGUAACAGAAGAAUUCCCUGGAAGGCGCGUGAACAAAACUCUUCCCCAUGGGCACCAAAGCUACAACCUAAUAGAGGUUACAAUUGACGAAGAACAAUUUAGGGCGGAAAGCAAGAAAUUAGCAGCUCACCUUGCAGAUCCAGAAGUUGAGGGAAUAUAUGAAACAAAGAUUCCGCUGGAGUUCAAUGCUAUCCUUCAGAUUGGUUGUGUCUGUAAAGUGGACAAGUCAGCAAAAAAACGAAAUUUCCAAGAUGGCUGGAGUUUGAAUGAGUUGCAUAUGAAGACAACAACCGAGUGCCCUUAUCUGGAACAUUCAAUUCCAUUCUUCUAUUUAUAUCAUAGCAUCUCUGAUGGGCGAGCUAUGUAUGUAACGUAUUUUCCUGCUUCAAACCAAAUAUAUGUUGUGGCUGUGAGUCCUUUCCAGAGUAAGGAAUUAUCACCUCAAAUGCUAGAAAGACAAUUCCGUGAAGCUUGCCAAGCAUUAUCCUUUCAACCGCCCAUGCUAAAUGAAGCCAUUUCGUUCAAGGUGGAUUACUUUGGGCAUGUGAAGGAUGGUCAGGGAAACUUGCAGAAGAUGAUCACCCAAUACAGACAACGGCAUCCUGGACCUGUAAUUGCUAUUAUAGAGUGCCCUAAUAUCCAGUUAUUAAAGUCUGGCAUAAGGGCAUUAGAAGAUUUUCCUUGUGUCAGUAUUCCUUCCAAUGCCCGGGAUAGCCAAUAUCAGGCAAUUGGUUGGCAAGUGAUUGCUGCAAAAAUUGGGAUACAACGAUGUGCUGCAUCAUCCCAAUGGUUGAAUGAGAGAGUUACACUUUCACGAUAUGCCCAUGUUCCAUUGGGAAAUUUUGAAGUUGAUUGGCUCAUACAUACAGCAGAUAUCUUCUUGUCGAGAGCAUUGCGUGAUCAGCAACAGGUUCUUUGGGUAUCUGAUAAUGGCAUUCCAGACCUGGGAGGGAGUAAUGAAGAAGUACCAUGUUUUAUAGAUGAGGUCAGUCAACCUGUCCUCACUUAUCCUGGCGCAUAUAGGAAAGUUACGGUUGAGCUUAAGAUUCAUCACCUAGCUGUCAAUGCUCUUCUGAAAAGUAACCAAGUGAAUGAAAUGGAAGGAGGUGCUUUAUUUGGUCUAGACCAGGAAUUGAAUCCCGGUUCAUAUAAUUCUGACAAACAAUAUUGUUUUGAUGAGGCAACUGCUUGUGCACCUGCAUUUCGUGUUCUCAAACAGUUAAUUCAAAGAUGCCUUUCUGAUGCUGUUACAUCCGGAAAUGUGUUUGCAGAUGCUGUAUUGCAGCAUCUGUAUCGAUGGCUUUGCAGUCCAAAAUCUAAAUUUCACGACCCUGCUCUCCACCGUAUGCUCCAUAAGGUUAUGCAAAAGGUGUUUGCUUUGCUGAUGGCUGAACUUCGUAAAUUAGGUGCGACAGUUGUAUUUGCAAGCUUUGGCAGAGUGAUAAUUGAUACGGGAAAAUCAGAUCUAUCUGCAGCGAAAGCUUAUUGUGAAAGUGUCCUUAAAACUCUACAAACUAGGGACUUAUUUGAGUGGAUUGAACUUGAGCCUUUCCAGUUUUGGCAUUCCCUACUCUUUAUGGAUCAGUACAACUACGGUGGAAUCCAAGCUAGGUUAAAAGAUGGAUCCACAGAAGAAGAUUCCCAGCAGAAUAUAGGAAGCAUUGACAAUGACCCUGAGGUAGAUAUCAUCUCCAGCUGGAGUAUCGCGGAGAACUUAACUAAAGAAACUCAGGAUCACUUCAUCUUGAUAGUUUCAGAAUUUUUGUAUUUUCCAUGGAAGUUUGCACAAGAAGCAGCAGAGAAACGAGCAUUUUCAACGGGUGACCUUUGUACUCCAUCAAUCACAGCUUCUGCUGCUGAAAUUCUUGAUUCACAGAUGACAGAAUUUCUGAAGAAAAAGAUUGGUUCUGAGUUUACAGAUAAACUCCUCAAAAUUGUCUGUAAUCCAAGUCUUCACAUGAAAGGAAAAAACAAGUCUCAGAGUGAUCAGGACACUUCAGCUGGAAAUUCGCAAUCUUUGAACAACAUCCAUAAGGGGGAUUGUGCUCUGGAUUUCAUCAAGUAUGUCUGUGCAGUUUUGGCACUUGACCAAAAAGUUCAGCAUGAAGUUCUGGUCAUGAGAAGGAAUUUAUUGAAAUUGGUCCGCAUUAGGGAAUUUGCUCCAGAGGCUGAAUUUCACAAUCUACACAUGUCCUUAACUCUACCAAACGUGGUUUGCAGUUACUGCAACGACUGCAGAGAUCUAGAUUUGUGCCGCGACAGGUCACUGAUGGGUCAGGAGUGGCACUGUGCGGUGCCUCGGUGUGGUCAACCGUAUGACCGUGAAAUGAUGGAAAAUGCUCUGCUUCAGAUUAUACGCCAGAGAGAGAGGCUUUACCACACUCAAGACUUGGUGUGCCUUAAAUGCAAUCAGAUCAAAGCCGCACACUUGGCUGAACACUGCACAUGCGCUGGAUCAUUUGCGUGCAAGGAAGAGUCCUCUGAUUUCCGCAGCAAAAUGCAAACUUUCUUGAAUGUGGCAGUCACUCAGAAGUUUCAGCUGCUCCAAGAAUGCGUCUCUUGGAUCUUACAAGUAUGAUAUCUAAUUUAGUCACAGGGUAUUUAAGCUGGUGGAGGGGCUGGAUUGUAUAUUACAACAAUUCUUUGAUGUUAUUUAUACGCACAUUGGAGAAAUAUAUAAAUCAUGUAACGAACUGAUUAUACAAACUCAUAAAAUGCCUCUAAUCGGACACAAUUUUCAUCUUGGCGGUUUUGCAUAGCCUGAAUAUCAAGAACUAGUGUUCUAUUUUGUUCA